GGAGUCCGGGCAGCGCCGCGUCGUGCGGGCGGUGCGCCGGGAGUAGGAGCAUCACGGAGUCCGGGCUGUGCACUGGGAGCCUCAGAAGGUGCGGGCAGAGAGAGACGGGCGCGCGGAAGUCCCGGAGGCGGUGGGCAGAGCCGGGCCAGUGCCGAGUCAGGCCGGAUGGGCGACACAGCGAGAUCAGGAUCCGGGGACCCCCGGGGCGGCUGAGCAGGCCCAUGGCGGCGGGCGCGGGCGCCUUCGCGUGGGCCACCUUCCCCUCCAUGCCCACGCGGCGCGUGUACUGCAGCGCCGUGCACCGCGACGGGCAGCUCUUCGUGCUGGGCGGCUGCGGGGGCGGUGGGCGAGCCCUGGGAACGGCCGAGGUGCUCGACCUCCCGGCCCAGCGCUGGACCACGCUCCCACCACUGCCCACGCCGCGGGCUGGCGCUGCUGCCCUCGCCCUGGGCAAGCAGAUCUUGGUGGUGGGUGGCGUGGAUGCGACGCAGAGCCCUCUCGCCUCCGUUGAGGUCUACCACGUGGAUGAGGGCAAGUGGGAGAAGAAGGCGGCACUGGCUCAGCCCUCCAUGGGCAUCUCAGCUGUGCAGAGAGACGAGGCUGUUUAUGCACUGGGGGGAAUGGGUGCGGACACCUCUCCCCAGGCGUUGGUCCGUGUCUAUGAGCCGGCGAAGGACCACUGGCAGCCCCUGCCCUCCAUGCCCACCCCGUGCUAUGGGGCCUCCGCCUUCCUGCAGGGCAACAAGAUCUUCAUCCUGGGGGGCCGGCAGGGCAAGCUGCCCGUCACAGCCUUCGAGGCCUUCGAUCUGGAGACAAGGAGCUGGACACGCUAUCCCAGUGUGCCCAGCCGCCGCGCCUUCGCCGCCUGCGCCAUGGCCGACGGCAUCGUCUUCAGCCUGGGGGGGCUGCAGCAGCCAGGGCCACACAACUUCUAUUCCCGUCCCCACUUCGUCAACACCGUGGAGAUGUUCGAUCCCGCCCAGGGUGCAUGGAGAAAGCCAAACCGCACCAUCCGCAUGAGGGAGAAGAGAGCCGACUUCGUGGCCGGCUGCCUAGGAGGAAGAGUGGUGGCCGUGGGUGGCCUCGGGAACCAGUCCUACCCACUGGACUCAGUGGAAGGGUUCAGCCCCUCACAGAAAAAGUGGGAGCCACUGCCCCCCAUGCCCACAGGCCGCUGCUCCUGCUCCAGCUGCCCAGCACCCGGCCUGCUCUUCCUCAUCGGUGGAGUGGCCCAGGGCCCCAGCAGCGCCGUCGAGGCUCUGUGCCUGCGUGAGGCACCCUGAGUGGGGCCCCGGGAGCCAGCCCCAGCCAAGCACCAAGUGCCUGAAGACGGGGACAGGGUGUGUGAGCACCCAUGCCUGCGAGUGACCUGGCUCCAGGGAGCUGCAGUCCCAUGACGUUGGGCACGGGAGCAGCUGCAGUUUUGGAAAUCCCUCUUGGCUCCUGUAGUGCUGUGGUGAUGGAACCCAGGGCAAACUCCUGCCUGGUGGGACGGCCAUGGCCAGCAGUGUGGAGGGAGCAGCGGUGGCGGGACUGUCGCUGGCCUCACUGCCCUGCCCGGCCCCGGCCGUGCCGCGGCGUGUCCGUGCCGUGUGUGUAGCAGUGAGUGCUGUGUCGUCGUAGACCCAGUCGAUGUCUCAUGUAGCACAGAGGUGCCCUGUAGCUCAGUGCCUGGGAGGUGACGUAGCACCUUGAAUAAAUGAAACACAUGGAAUUUUACUCCA